UUCAAUUUCUGUAGUGUUCGGUUGUGUUGUCGUCAUGUCUACUAACGCUGAGAGAAAUUGAAGACUGAACUAAACAGACACGGGCGAAGUUCAGGAAGGAGAAGAUACGAAAUUAUGUGCUGGACCAGAGGGGAUUAUCGAACCUGAAGGAGAUGGCAGCAUUGGAGUCAGAUGGAGAAAUGGAAGAAGAAGAAGGUAUUCCGUCGGAACAGGAAGCGCAGAAAGAAUUAACGAUCACGAAGGAAGCAUGGGAAGAAUAUCCCAAGUCGGUACGUAUAUCGCAGGCACAGAAGGUAUACUGCCAGCAGUUUAUAACGGACCUUAUAAACUCAUCACUGUCCAUCAAGGAACAAGAAGACGGCAUUGGCACCUCAUCUACAUAUCUAGCAAUCGACAGUGGGGAUUUAACUCUAGACUGGGACGAAUCAUUCGAGAGGGAGCCUACAAAAAUACAAGCGUUAGCUGCCUGUCUUGUCUACGCGAGUAUCUUUAUUCCGGCAAUGGUCGUCAAGUGCUACAAGAUAUUCUCGGCAACGAACAUAUUGAAGCUUGUAAGUGCGCAAACCAUACAUGUGGAAUGGACGGCAUCAGUUGGUGGAAGACGCAAAACUACGAGAUUGAGUGUGCCGAAGGGGGAGAUUCAAUAUUUUGCUAUGAAAGCAAGUCACCUGAAGAAGAACUCGCAGGAAUGGUGGAUGCAACUGGUGAAACCGAUGAACAUCAAGUACGAAAACGACAUGGGACAGGAGAUGAACUUCAAGACGAAGACGGGAAAAUUUUACAUCUUCCGAAUACAUCCCGCUUAGGGACGGUACUGAAAAGUGUCGGCGUCCGAAGGAAAGUAAUAUACGAUCCCGUAGACCCGAUUACUUUAGCCAUAGAGGCAGCCAAUCAGCUCGCGACACCAAACACUUUAGGACUCCGAUACCGACCCCGCCGGCGUGGACGACGACUUCCCUAAAUCAGCGCUUAUCGCUAUCGACCCACUGGGGUCGAUUAAUUCUUUCAAAUAUUUUUUCCUCUCAGACGACGCCCUGAGCCGAGGUUCGCGCCCAACUGGGCACCCUCAGGCCUGUUGUCUUAAACGUUGUACCGGGUGAGAGAUAUUGAGAUGAUUUCAUCCCACAUAUGGGGGUGUUUUUUCGAUGAAAUUACUCGUAGAAUCCACCCUUAAAGUUUGUCGGGUCCGAAAAAUUACGACACACUGUAUACUGGGUGUUAGUGACAUCGUAACGAAUACUGAGAGGGAUGAUUCAGACCAUGAUUCUGAGUUAAUAUCUAGUGGAAUUUUCCGUCGCAAAAUUCAUGAAAUUUUGAGUUUUGUUUUUAAUUAUUUUCAAUUCCAUAUUGUGCUUUUAGCUGCAUAGAACCCAAAUUUCAAUAAAAAAACAAUAAUGACAAAUUAUCGAAAAUU